UAAAUUCAUUUUGCUCGCUCCUGGAUUUGUCGGGUGUCUGUCAUCCAGUGUAAACACUUUGAUUGCAGGCCAAUAAAAAGCUUGCUGCUCGUUUGGCGAAAUAUGUCAGGCAUGUGUUGAAAUGCCAUUCUCAAUGGCAGCAAUGACUGUCGAUACUCAACUAGCGUGUAAUUCAGUUGCGAAUCGACAAUGGACAACUUCAAAGCAGAACUAAUGCUCAACCAGCACAGCGUUGUGCGCUCCAACAUGGAACCAUUAACUCAGCUGCAUACGAUCAACAACAGCUUCGUUUUGGACAUUGUACUGCGUCUCGAUCGCAGCAAGCAUUUCAAGAACUUUGUGUUCUUCAUCUCGGAGCAGCUGAAUCUCAACAAUGCAGGUGCCAUCGAGUUCUUUAGCAACUUCUGGCUGACAUUUCCAUAUGUGCCCAGAAUAUUCGUCAGACAACCAAUCGAAUCUGACAAAUCGAUCAGAGAUCUCAUAAGCACACCUUCGUUGGUGCUCGUCUGCACAACGAAUCGCAGUGAUCCCAUCAUGGACGUGGCAAGUCAGAGUCUUCGGGGAAUGCGUUGGCUAAAGACUAUCUUUGUGCUCUUUCCCAAGUUGCGAACGGACCAGGAUCACAGUGAAGCGCUCUCCUCACAGGUCAAGGAUGUGCUCGACUGGACAUGGACCAAACAGUUUAUUAAUACGUUUCUGCUAACCAUCAAGAAUAAUUUAUUUCUGCUUCAGCCAUAUCCAACGCCCAAGGUUGUGAAUAAAACACGCACCUGGCGCUCCAAACAUCUGUUCAAAGAUACCAGCAGUAUCAUCAACACCAAAGGAUAUAAGAUACGUACUCCCGUAUUCGAUGAUCUGCCACGUGUAUUCAAGGGAAUUGAUCAAAAGGUUUACGGCACGAGUGCCGAGUUCUUUAAGGAUUUCCUCGAGUUUAUCAAUGCCGAGAUUGUGGACACAAGCGCCAAUUUAAGUAUCAAAUCAUUCGACUUGCCCACUCUGCUGGAGCUGGUUGCUCAGGGUGUCUACGAGACAUUGAUACACUCGUUUACGGAUCUGAUUGGCAACUAUUCGGUGAGCAUUAGCUAUCCGCUUGGCAUCAACGACUGGUGCAUCAUGGUGCCCUACAGCAACGAGUCCUUCCAGGAGUUGUACGUCCGCGAGGCUCUGCAGAACAGCGUUUGGCUACUCUUGCUCUUGGCCAUUGCUUACAUGAGCUUCGCCAUCUGGCUGUGCUCCCCACAACGACCACGUGAUCUCAGUGGCGCUGUGCUUCAGUGCAUCUGCAGCAUUACAAACAAUCCGCCCUUGUCGAUCAUGAAACCAGCUACGCUGCGAAUGCGCUUUCUCUACGUGAUACUAUUCAUCAUGGGUCUCAACUGCUCCAACAUGUACAUCUCCAAGAUGGCCAGCUACUUGACUUCGGCACCUCAACCUCGACAACUAAACACGCUGCAGGACAUCAUUGAUGCGGAUCUGCGCAUCCUGGUGCAGAGCUAUGAGUACGAUCGUCUGGCGAGAUCACCGCAAACCUAUUCGCCACGCUUCUUGCAACAGGUGGACAUCGUCAAUGCUGAGGUGCUGCAGCAUCAUCGGGACAGGAUGAAUGCCAGUUAUGGCUUCUUUGUGCCCUCAGAUCGUUGGGAUUUCAUGAACUUGCAACAGAAGCACCUGCGGUGGCCCAUCUUUCGAUUGACAGAGAUCUGUUCGGGUCCCUUCUACCAUGUUUAUCCUAUGCACCUCGAUUCGCAUCUUCGCUCGCCGCAUCAGAACUUUAUCUUGAUUUCACAACAGUCUGGCCUGAAGGUUCACUGGAAACGUGAGGCUUUCUGGGCAGCUCUGCGCAUGCACUACUUUCGGCUAUACAUCGACCAGGAUGAACCAACGCCUCUUAGCAUGAGCUUCAUCUCUAGCAUGGUGCGCACCUGGUGUCUGGGUCUGGUGCUUGCCGGAUUUGCAUUUGUCUUUGAGAUGAAGUGGCAUGAGCUUAUGAGAAUUUACAAGCGAUUAAGGAGAACCUAG